GUGGUGAUUUUUUCAUUCAUAUACAACGACGAUAAAGCUAAAAAAAUAUUUUCUUCUGUGUGUUAAGUUUAAAGCGAAAAGAAAAUUUUUCAAAUAAAAAGGAAAAUUUUCAAAUUGCAAUAGAAUUAAAAUAAUUUAAAAUAAAAGUGUUUUUAAGAAAAAUUCAUGAGAAAUAAACAAAGUGGAAAUUUUUAAAUAAAAGGAAUAUUUUACAGAGAAUAUAAAAAAAAAUAUAAGGAAAAGUAUGUGAAAAUAAAAUUUAAUAAAAAAUUAAAUAGAAAAAAUUUUAUUAAAUAAAUUUCUAAGGGAAAUUUAAAAGGAAAAUUAUUUUAUUAAAAAUUAUCCUAAAAUUAAAUUAAAGACAUAAUUUCUUUUAACAUAUUUUUAAUAAACGUCAUGUAGACAACCUCAUCUAUCUAAAAAGCGGCGUCUGUGUACACAAAGUAUUAUACAAUUUCGAAAAAAAACCUAUACACCUUUUAUAAAUAUAAUAAUAAUUCCAAAAAGAAAAAAAAAAAAAAACUUACAAUAUUUUAACAACCAUAUGUAUGUAUAUAACUGAAUAAAUUUAUAUACAUAACAAGACUCUGGAACGAAGAACGAAAAUUAAAACGUCAACAUUUAUUUGUCAUAAAAAUUGUGAAAAAAAAUCAAUUUCAAAGUCAAUUUGCUUUUUUCCACAACUCUCUACUUUAAGGUUAAACCAAACACAACCACGCAAAAAAAAAUCAUUCAAAUAUAACUACAAACAUAUAAGAAAAAAUAUUGAAAUAAAAAAAAUUAAUUAACAUAUUCUUUUUUCCAUUCCAACACGCUCUUUCAACGUCGUGUACAACACACGUUAAAAAGUACAGAAUUCAUUCAAGUGUGACAAAAAAAUAAAUAAUAAAUAAAUAAGAUAAAUAUACAAAGUAAGAAAAUAAUAAUAAAACUUUAAACUAAAUCAAUAUUUUAAAUACAAAUCUACCAGUUCAUAGUUGGUAACUCUCUAUCAAACUCACUCCAAUAGAAAAAAUUUCUUUCAGCUUUUGAAGUUUUGUUUUUAUUUUAAAAAUUAUUGCCAAUACAAAAAAGUUUUAAUUAAUUGUUUAAGAAGUGUUUUUUGUUUUUACAACAACUUGUUUAAAAGCAAAACAUUAUUAAGUGCAAAUAAUAGUAAACAAGUGUUUUUGUUUUGUUUAUGUAUUACAUUCUAGUUGGCAACAUUUAAUCACAGUUAAUUACCAGGGUGGCUAUCCAGCGCGCUUAAAAAAAGUACUCAUUGUAACGGCACCGUUGUGGUUUAAAGCUCCAUUCAAAAUUCUACGUUUAUUUGUGAGAGAAAAGUUGCGCGAACGCGUUUUCACCGUCUCAGUGCCAACACUGAGUUUACACGUGCCUCGCAAAGCAUUGCCCAUACAUCUCGGUGGUACACUGGAAAUUGAACACAACACAUGGUUGCUGCAUUGCCGCAAAUCGAUGACGAAUCGUGAAGACGAAUUACUCGCCAAUAUUGGUGGUUUGUCAGCAGCAGCAGCAGCAACAACAGCGAUUACAAAUCAAAAUAAUUUAAUUGUCUCGCCCACAGCGAACAAUCAACAGCAACACAUCACACCAUCAUCCGCCGGAGUAGUGACAAACGGUGAUUGUCAACGAUUUCUGGCGGAGCCAAACGAAAAUAUCCAAACAUUAGCCGCCACAUCACCAACAUCACCCCUAACAAACGGUCAUCAUACAUUAGUGCCAAUUGCCAAUACAUUAAAUAAUAUUGUUGCUUCCAACAACACCACCACCACCAACAACAUCACCACAAUUAUCAGCAACACAUCGCCCAUACACAAUAAUAAAUUGAUUAAUUUAACAAACGGCGUUACAACGCCAAACGGUGAUAUAGUCACAACACCACUAGUGAACGGUACUAGUACGGCGACAGCAAUAACAACAACUACAGGCGGCGUUGGUAGUGGUGGUGUUGGUGUUGGUGGCGGAGGUAGUGUUUGUCAAACGGGUCUCGGUGAUUUUUGGACAGAGAACCCACCAAGUAGUGCCUCGUCCGGUUUUAGUGAUGACGACAGUCUGGCUGGCCAAGAGGGUGAUCCGAAAACAAUUGAACAAAUUGUUCAAAUGGUAAAAACACUGGGACGUCAGGGACUGGUUAAGGAAUAUGCUGAGAUACGUAGUCGAGCUCCCGAUGGCACAUUCUUACAUGCCAGAAUGCGCAAUAAUUUGACCAAAAACCGUUACACAGAUGUCCUUUGUUAUGAUCACAGUCGAGUAGUGCUGUCACGCGUCGAUGGUGAUGAAUUAUCCGAUUAUAUAAAUGCCAAUUUUGUAGAUGGUUACAAACAGAAAAAUGCAUACAUUUCAACACAAGGCCCAUUACCAAAGACAUCCCAAGAUUUUUGGCGUAUGAUCUGGGAACAACAUUGUUUAGUUAUAGUUAUGACAACACGCGUUAUGGAACGUGGACGCGUAAAAUGCGGUCAAUAUUGGGAACCACAAGAAAAUAGUUCCUUAGAAUUUGGUAACUUUCACGUGCGAACACUUAGUAUAGAAACUAAUGAAGAUUAUACAGUAGCCUCAUUAGAAUUGAGAAAUACAAAGACUGAUGAAGUAAGAAAUGUGUCACAUUGGCAAUUUACCAGUUGGCCGGAUUAUGGUGUACCCAGUUCAGCCAUGGCCAUGAUAACCUUCCUGCAAAAGGUUCGCGAGAAACAAUUACAAAUGGUACAAGCGUUAGGUGAUACAUGGGCCGGUCAUCCAAGAGGGCCACCAAUUGUGGUGCAUUGUAGUGCGGGUAUUGGAAGAACAGGCACAUUUAUUACUUUGGACAUUUGCAUAUCUCGCCUGGAAGAUGUUGGUACAGCCGAUAUACGUGGCACCGUUGAAAGAAUACGUUCACAACGUGCAUACUCAAUACAAAUGCCCGACCAAUAUGUAUUCUGCCAUUUGGCCUUGAUUGAAUAUGCGAUAUCUCGGGGUAUGUUAAAAGCGGUCGAUCUAACGGGUUUCGAUGACCGAGAAGAUGAAUCCGAUUAAGUUCUAAAAUACUAUAUAAAAUACAACUAUAACAAAAACAAGUCAGUCAGUUCUACUAUCUAAAUAUGAAAAAUAAAAAGAAAAACAACAAAUAUUAAAAUAAAACAAAAAAAAAAAGAAGCCAACACUACCAACACCACCAAUU